GGCAUGCUACAGCUUCAUUACUUGGAUCACUUGGGAGAAAUCUUGACAACUCCAGGGUGGACGUGUCUUUUGACAAAGCUUGAGUCUGUCCUUCAAAAUGGAACUCUUUCUGAGGCUUCUCUGUGCCAUGUGCCUGCUUGGGACAGUCCUGAGCCACGACAUGCCUUACGAGGAACAAAUGGCCCAAAUUCAAGCGUGCCCUCGAGAAUGCCGCUGCCCUUCCAACUUCCCCCGUGCCGUCUACUGUGACAAUAAAGGUCUGACGAGAAUCCCCCCAAUCCCCCCAUUCACCUGGUACCUCUACCUGCAGAAUAAUCAAAUUCAAGAGGUUACGGCCGACGCCCUUCGCAACGCUACCCAGCUGCGUUGGGUGAAUCUGAGUCGCAACAAAAUAACCAGCGAGGGAGUGGAAAAAGACACCCUGGACGCAAUGACACACCUAGAACACCUCUACAUGGAUGACAAUCUCUUAUCCUGGGUGCCGUUUCCUCUUCCGGCCAGCCUGGAGCACUUAAGUCUUUCUCGCAAUCGGAUCUCCAAGAUCCCUGACGGGGUCUUCUUUGGCUUGGAUAAGCUGACCCUCUUAGACCUGCAGGGGAAUAAGCUGAUGGAUGAUGCCGUGACUGAGGUCAGCCUGAAGGGUCUUAACAACCUGGUGCAGAUCAACCUUGCCAAGAACCAGUUGAGCAGUAUGCCUCUUGGCCUUCCGCCCACCACCACUCAGCUCUUCCUUGAUGGCAACAACAUCGACAAAAUCCCCACAGGCUACUUCAAAGGUUUGCCCAAGGUGGCUUUCCUGAGGCUAAACCACAACAAGCUUGGAAGUAGUGGUGUUCCUAACAACGUGUUCAACAUCUCCAGCAUCCUGGACCUGCAGCUGUCGCACAACCUGCUCACUGAGGUUCCCCUGAUCCCCCCAGGCCUUGAACAGCUCUACCUGGACCACAACAACAUUAAAACCGUGAGUGGCUCCAACGUCUGCCCCAUUGACAUUGAUACCGUGGAUGCUAAUGACAGCGUGCCACGACUGCGCUACCUCCGACUGGAUGGCAACAAUAUCGAACCGCCGAUCCCCAGGGAUGUCAUUCUCUGCUUCCGUCUCCUUAGGUCCAUUGUCAUCUAAAUAAGCAAACAUGUCUGAACGUCGGACAUGUGUGGCAAGAGAUAAGAUUCCUUUUCUCAUUUACAUUUUCAGGGAUUUUAUUCAACUCAGUUUAAUGGACUACUAGUUGUGCCUUCAAUGUUCAAAUCUGCUGAUAAUUUAGAUGAUAACAUCAGAAGACCUUGAACUGAAACCCAAAUCUUUUGACUUUUGUUUUCUAUUGUUUGAAGUUGUUAGUUGUUGAGAAAUAGCCAUUUAUUUUCUAUUCAUUGUUCCUUUUGGAAUUCUGGUCUCUGUGUAAGAUUUAUUCUUCUGUUUUAAUAAAAUAAUCUAACAACACAGGAUGUCCUGUAUUUCCCAGUUUCAUUCCGACUGUCAGGUCAAGAGUUCUUGUUGCCCC